GGGUCUGUGCCGCCCGCCGGCCCCGGCUCGCGCUUGGGUUUCAGCACCACGGACAGCGGCGUCGGCCUGAGCGGGCUAAACCCGGGUCCCGCCGUCCCUAUGAAGGACCACGACGCCAUCAAGCUCUUCGUGGGGCAGAUCCCGCGGGGCUUGGACGAGCAGGACCUCAAGCCGCUGUUCGAGGAGUUCGGCCGCAUCUACGAGCUGACGGUGCUGAAGGACCGGCUCACCGGCCUCCACAAAGGCUGUGCCUUCCUCACCUACUGCGCCCGGGACUCUGCUCUCAAGGCCCAGAGUGCACUGCACGAGCAGAAGACCCUGCCAGGGAUGAAUCGUCCGAUCCAAGUGAAACCAGCUACCAGUGAGGGCCGAGGAGAGGACCGAAAGCUGUUCGUGGGGAUGCUGGGCAAGCAGCAGGGCGAGCAGGACGUCCGCCGCCUGUUCCAGCCCUUCGGCCACAUCGAGGAGUGUACCGUUCUGCGGAGCCCGGAUGGCACCAGUAAAGGCUGUGCCUUUGUGAAGUUCGGGAGCCAAGGGGAAGCGCAGGCGGCCAUCCAGGGCCUGCACGGCAGCCGGACCAUGGCGGGCGCCUCGUCCAGCCUCGUGGUCAAGCUGGCCGACACUGAUCGUGAGCGCGCGCUGCGGCGGAUGCAGCAGAUGGCCGGCCAGCUGGGUGCCUUCCACGCGGCGCCGCUGCCGCUUGGGGCCUGCGGCGCCUACACUACGGCGGUAUUCCCCCACCCCGUACUGCCUCUCCCCACCUCCCUCUACCUCCUGCCUUCACCGAGGGCCCCUCUCUCCCCAGCCCAGAGCCCCGUGGCUGAGCCCCUGCAGCAGGCCUAUGCUGGGACGCACCACUACGCAGCAGCCUACCCGUCGGCUUAUGCCCCCGUGAGCACAGCUUUCCCCUCGCAGCCUUCAGCCCUGCCCCAGCAGCAGAGAGAAGGCCCCGAAGGCUGUAACCUCUUCAUCUAUCACCUGCCUCAGGAGUUUGGUGAUGCGGAACUCAUCCAGACCUUCCUGCCCUUUGGAGCCGUGGUCUCUGCCAAAGUCUUUGUGGAUCGAGCCACCAACCAGAGCAAAUGUUUUGGGUUUGUUAGUUUUGACAAUCCAACCAGUGCCCAGACUGCUAUUCAGGCCAUGAACGGCUUUCAGAUUGGCAUGAAGAGACUCAAGGUCCAGCUAAAGAGGCCCAAGGAUGCCAACCGGCCUUACUGAUCUGCCCUCACAGACCAGCCACAGAAAGACAAUUAAGAGCAAGAAGCAAGGAACAGAAAGCACAGAAACACUUGAGCGGCCCUUCCUGAAGCAACAGCUGCCGACGGAUGGUGUUGGGUCCGACCCAAGGCUGGGGCCUGGGGCUCAGGCCCCUUUAAGGAUUGUUUCCCACCAGUGGGUUGUUCCGUGCCUGGGGCAGAGAGCUCCAGCUGGCAGGGCAACUGGGGCUGCCUGAUGAUCGAAGGUUCCCUGGAACCAGCAGUGGGCCUUGGGGGUGCCACGUGUGGCUUCUCCACACAAGAAGCCGCGAUGUCCUUCUUUCAAAAUCAUAUCAUUCCUUAGUGUUUAGGGACCAAAGGACUAUUGAUUUUUUAAAUAUAAAUAUAUAUAUAUAGCUAUAUAAAAAUUAAGAGAAAAGAGAGAGAAACACAAGCGACAGUGUAGAGUCUCAUAAAAGCUGCCUUUAAAUACCCCUAGGAGACAGGGUGACGGUGACCUUUGGAAGCCCCAGCCCAGGCUGUGGGAGGCUGUGGAAAGAUAAUUCUGUGUCUCAUUCCCUCUGAAAAUCCCUCCCCACCUGCCCUGCGAGGGAAAAAAAAAAAGAAGGAUUUGAGAUCUAGAUGCAUAUGCAGGUCAUGAGAGUGACAAGGAAGCAGUGAACCCACAACCCACAAUUCCCAAACUCAGUUUCACUAAG